AUGUUCCAAUUUCUGAAGCAACAAAUACGACUAUUCAUUUUGGUUAUCACACUUUCGAAUCAAUUGUCAGCCACCUCAGUUAGUUCAGUGCACGACGAAGACAGUCCGCUGUUCGGUCCACUGGCGACCCCAGCCAGUGACGAACGAAAUCAGGACAACAUUGUGGUGCAUCUACUCUCGGCAGUCAGAGGCAAUCCGAAAUCGUUGUCCCGGACCGAAUUGAACAAAUUGCGUCAGAACACUCCAUCGGUGGCCGAGAAUUUUAUUCGGCUGAUUAAUCAAGAGCGAUUGCUAGAUGACGUGAUUGGCGGAAAGCUAGACAAACAGACCUUUGAUGAUUUGACGAGAUCGUUGGUUUUUGUGGAUACAGCUCAGUGCAGUAUGUCCCGGACCGAACCGUCGCAAACAUGCCUGAUUUUUCGCAACCCGAUCGCUUUCCCGGUCGAACCUGUAACAGUGGCACAUCUGUCAGCUUUCAUUGAACCUCGAGCUUCCCUGUGUGACAUUCAGCUGAAAUUGCACUUUCUUAAUCCUCUGGAGCACCAGUUCACUGAAGAUGUCUUUCAUUUGCCUAUGACUUCCGCAAAAGAUCUCGGCCGAUUUGCCCAGUUGGCGAAUACCAGACAAGAGGUGACAUGGGAUAUCACAGCAGCUGUGGCCGAUUUGAAAUCACGACUAGAUCAGGCCGCCUACCCAGUCAUAAUGACAUUGGAAUGUACUGGGGCCUCCAAGGACACCUCCUGGGAUGUAUUCUCUAAUACCGCAGAUAUACUAACCCCGGAUAGACAAGCAGUGAUUGAACUAUUGACGGCGAAAACUAACCAGGCCAAAUCGGUAUACAGUCAUCGUCGUUUAAGUGGACGAUCGCUUGGAUCCAAUGGAGGACGAAGUAACUUGUGUCCCAGUUUCAUGGAUGGAGAGCGUCACAUGACGUCCUGUUGUUUGUUUGAGUACACCCUAAACAAACAACAAAUGGAUGCGAAUCCAAAGUUGCGAUUCAUCAUCUUCCCGCAGCAUCUACCUCUAAAUCUUUGUCACGGUAGAUGCGUGGGAGCACCUACUGACUGGCGCAAUUCGCAUGUCAUGCUACUGAAUCGUUAUUUCGAGGGUUUACCGCCCGAGGAACGUGAAGUGCUUUACGACUCAAUGCCCUGUUGUGCAGCCAAUCAGACCGCUCCGUUCACGAUUGUUUACAAGAAUCAAAACAAUCAACUUACUACGGAAACUCUACCAAACGCCAAGAAAAUCAGUUGUGCCUGUGGGUAG